UUCGUUCAUUCACAUAGCUCUCGAGUGGAAACGACAAGCACGGCUCCAGCAUUCGAUCGCGCUAAUAAAAUGUCUAAUACAAUCCGAGUUAUUUUAUUUGUUUGCUUCUUCACAAUAACAUUUAUUGAAUUGUCAUCGUCUGAGAUAAGACAAACACCAGCAACAACAACAAAAACUACGGAUUCAAAAUCUCUAUGGAUUGAAAACAGAAUUCCAAAGCCUCCAAGUGGCUGUAAGAACGUCUUCAUCUGCAAGAAAAAACUCAAACAUAGUUUUGCUAAUCAGACUAUUAAGCCUUGCAUCAAGUAUUGUGUAAGAAGUUUCUCCUGCCCUGACGAUUUUGUGGGUAAAACAGAUCCCAUAGAUCCCGAUUGGUGUGUUCUUCUUGAUCAGAAUCAAUUGGAAGAUUUUGAAACAGCAGCACCUCCAGCGAGAAGUGAUGGUAAAACCAAUAUUGUGCAAGUCAAUAUGAUUGACUUUCCAUGUCAAGAAGGAUACUUGCCCGAUUUUAGAGGAAGAUGUCGUGAAGUUUGGUAGAUAGAUUUUGUAAUUCCUUAUGAUGAUAUGGUGAUGGUGUACAAAGUGUAAAAUUAUUUACUAUUUUUAAUAAAAUUGUUAUUAAUAAACUCA